UCUGUCGACCUCCAUCACGAGUUCCACUUGCCGGCGUCGUCUGCUGCGUACCGUGGGUAAUGUACAGAACUUACUGCGGUGAAAAGUAUCUCACUGCUGUACACUGCAAAAUCUACAAUCUUAAAAAAAACAUCAGGCAGAAAUUUCACAACAACGCAGGGGUACGGUCUGCCACAGUUGAUCUUCGACUUUCAGGGCGCACAACCUUGUAGUGUUUACUCCUGACCAUCAUGACCAAUCGUUGUCUUGUUUACCUGUUUGUCUUUGGAGCCAAGGUCAUAACGAGUGUGAUGUCUUCGACGAUUGACGAAAUCAUACUAAAUGCAACGGAAACUACAAAUGAGUCCGCUUACCUCCAGUUCACAGACGGCGAAGUGAAAGUAGAAUUCGACAUGAUCUUUACUGCUGAGCAGUGGGAAGAAAUUCAGCAGUUAAACGGUGACGAGACACACGACAGCAGCAGCAGCAGACACAAGAGGAAAGCGAUUCGCGAUGAAAGUUUCAGAUGGACCGGUGGCGUGAUACCCUACAAAAUUUGCACCUGGUGUCUUCACAUCUGCCGAGGAACAGAAGAUUACAGAGGCCUUGGAGGAAUGGCAAAAUUACACUUGCAUCAGCUUCAGGCUCGCGUUGCCGUCAGACACCAACUUCAUCGUCUUUGACGACGGUAGCGGUUGUUAUUCUUAUGUAGGCAUGAUUAAA